CUUCUUCUUCAACACCCUUUUUCAUAAUUAAGCCCCCCAUUCUCAUUCUCUCUCCAAUUCCUUGCACCUUUCCCUCUCUCUCUCUCUCUCUCUAUCCGACAGAGGAGCUUGUGGCUGCAACACUAUCAAUUCUUUUCAAAUCUUCAAUCUUCUUCUGAUAAAUGGGUGCAGAGGGAAAGGUCUUCAGCUUGGCCGAUGUCUCUCAGCACAACACCCCCAAGGACUGUUGGUUAGUCAUUGGUGGGAAGGUGUAUGAUGUGACAAAGUUCUUGGAGGAUCACCCCGGUGGUGAUGAUGUUCUGCUUUCUGCAACUGGGAAGGAUGCGACAGAUGAUUUUGAGGAUAUUGGGCACAGCAGCAGUGCAAAGGCGAUGAUGGAUGAAUACUAUGUUGGUGAGAUUGAUUCGUCAACUAUUCCUAAAAAUGUCAAGUACACUCCUCCCAAGCAGCCUCAUUACAAUCAGGACAAGACUACUGACUUUGUAAUCAAGCUUCUUCAAUUCCUAGUUCCCCUCAUUAUCCUGGCUGUUGCUGUUGGUGUGCGUUUCUACACAAAGUCAUCAUCUGCAAACUGAAUUGAUAUAAUCCCUUUUAUCUUUUAUCUAUACAUGAAAAAAACUGAGUCACUUGUUAGGACUUCAUGUGCUCGUUUUAAUUUCUUUUCUUGAAUUGUCGGACAUGAGAAUCAUCCAUCUUGGAUCUUGGUUUUUACCUCCGAUGAACCUGUCUUUUUUCAGAUUUCUAAUAUGAUGAAAUUGCCUUGCCUUAUUUGAUCUA